UCUAAAAGUAUUUUGUACUAAGAACAAUUUAUAGGUAAUUUAAUGUAGAAUGACUUCAUUAAUUUUGACUACAGUCUUGCUCUUCACAAAUGUCUGUUUUAUGAUAUUUACGCUGGGAAAAACAACUGAAUUGGAUCCAUUAAAGACUAAGACGGAUUGGUUGUCCAGCGAAACCGUUUUCAGCAAAAACUUCCUUGAUGUUAUUAACGAAAUCAAAACGGUUGAAACGGUAGAAACUGCAGAUGGCAAAGGACCGGUUGUUUUGAAUGACACAGAUAAAAGUGUUUUACUAAAAAGAUGUAAAGGCGACUUGAUUUGCAUCCAAACAAAAUGGUUAUCAAUAAAAAAAUAUAAAACAAAAAUGGAAGCAUUACAGUGUGUCAACGCCGUGAUAAUGCAUUACAUGUUGAACAUCAUCAUAUCAAAUCACGGAAAAAUCAAUUCGAGUGCAAUCAACGAUAACAAUAUGCACGCUUACACAAGUAUCGUCAUCCAACGGAUGAUGUGUUUGUUGUUAAUCGCCAAAACCACAGCGCACAAUUGUCUGUGGAACAUAUUUAUUCAGAAUUAUUCCAAGUUUACCUGGCCCAACUUGUACGCGCCAGGCAAUAAUUCUUUUGACGCGCAAUACAUUACACAAUUGGUGGAUUACAUUGGCCAUUGUCAGCAUAACCAUUACUUGUCGAUCCACGACGACAGACCUUCCAGUCCGCAAGCCUAUUACGAUAGCAUUGUAAAGACGGAUAUACGCAUGUAUAUAGAACAACUGUACGGGUUUCAAUUCAACAAAAAACUAAAAAAACACUACGGUUUCAAUAAACUUUUUUCGAUCGACACUUUUGUAUUGUCCGAUUACUUCAACCGCGAUACUGACCUGUUUGGUCCGUUUCUCAACAGCAACAUAUUCUGGGGAUCGUCCAAAAAGCUGUUGCGAAACGAAAAAGACAAACUUAGAGCCGUCUACAAUACCUUCGAGUUUGUUAAAGAGCCAUUCAAGUACACCGAGUAUCAUAGUCGGGUGUUGCUCGUUAUAAAAAUAAAUAUUUACAUCUACAUUUGGUCGCAUAUCGCAUUGUUUGAAAACCCUUUGAGUCAAGCUAAAAACCACGUUGGGAAGAUCAAUUUUAAAGUUGCGGACACAUCUAUUUGGAUGCUACCGUGCAGACCAUUAAGGCUGUUCUUGUUUUUCGACUAUGGCGAUCCAGUGUUAUUCAGUGUUAUCGAUCAGCUGUGUUCUGGUGUAAAUGAAUUUAACGAAAAGUUUCUGGAUAAGCUUCGAUACAUGACAGAAAUUGUUAAAGAAAUUAUUUCAAACGAUAUGAAGAAAAUAGGUGUAGACGAUAACGACGUUGACGCCACUUUGCACGUGCACGAUGAGCCACAGUCUAAAGAAAACAUUUUUCAAGAUUUGAUACAGAUGGGCGCAAAUGAAGACCAUGUACGUGGCAUACUAUACGAUGAUCUUGCCACGCCAAAAGACACACGGUCAGAAAUCAAGGAAGAUAUAUCGCUCGUCCCUUCAAACUCUGAGCUGAAAGACAAGGAACUGCUAACUUUGGCCGAAAGAACGAAAUUUGAAAAAAAAACGACUUUGAUAAGCAAUAAAAUUGUUGAACGGACAGAUACAUUCUUUAAAUACACUACCGUUAUUAAAUUAAAAUUAAGGCCAAUUCAUUUUUCCUUUAUUAUUAUGUUUUAUAAUGGAAAAGAAAAACUAAACGUGACUUUUUUUCCUAACACAGGAUUACAGCUUUCGAGUUCAAGGGAAUAAACCAAAACUAGCAAGAACCCAAUUUUGGAUUGUUUAACUUUUAUGAUUUUUUAAAAAAAAUGUGUGUUAACAUUUUUCUAAGUUUUUAUUAUUCGGUACGCUUCUAAAAAAAUCUUUUAUUCUAACAAUAUGUCUUGGAU